UUAAAACCCAACUUCCUCGCAAACCCUCUAUCUCUAUACUUGUUCUAUAUCUGCCCUAAUCUCACUGCUCAUCUUCCCCAAUCUCUCUCGCUCUUUCGCCCUAAUCCUACGCACUGCUCUCUCUCUCUCCUUCUGUCGCUCUCAACAUAGGCAUAUAUUGCUGUCCGACUCUUCGACGCAUUGCUCUGAACUAUCUCGACACGUAUUUUUCCCGACAACCUAUUGUUAUACGGAGUAAUUAAAUUAACAAAAAAAAGGGGCCAUUAUUUGGCAGUUAUUGGAGCGGUUAGGGCUUCUUGGAUCAUUGUCUUCUGCGGUGACCACCGCUGGUUCUUCAAUCGAUUUCAGUUUCCUCGAGGUAGAGUUGCUUCGUCUUCUCCUCUGUUCCGAUUGCGCGUUUCAUUUCUGGAACCGACUGCGCUAUUUGGGAAACCCUAGGUUUCCGGGCUCUCUAGGGUUUUAUAAUUGCUCUGCAAUGCCAUGGCGGUCUGGUUAGACUACGACAACUGUUGGGUGUCUCAUUCUUGAGAAAAAGAGAGGGACUUUUGUUUGCCCUCAGUGUUUGUGGCUUCUCACUUUCUCUAGGCUUAUGCUUGCUUUCGAAUAGUAAUGCCAAAGUUGACUGGAAAAUGAGAGUCUGCUGAUUAUACCGUUUUCCAUUGGACACCAUCUGUUUUGGCCUUGGAAGAUGAAGAGAGGACUCUUUGCAUUUAUGUGAGUGGCCUUGAGUUCGAGCUAUUGGGAAGUUGAUGAUACAUAUCAAUUUUUGGCAUCCAGAAUGGGCCUUGCCUUGCAACUUUUUGUAGGUCUAGCAGCUUGAUGCAAUAUAAUCCCAAUAGGGAAGUGUAUGUGGAGAACUGAAGAAAGAAAAAGAGUUGUGUAUUCUAUUUCUUGAGGGAAAGGUGGAUAUAUAAGAGUGGUAAUUUUUUGACUGCUGAAAGCUUCCAUUCUACAAUCAUAGCUGACUCCUAAUUUGGCCAGAGUAUCAGCCAGUACAUAUAGGAUUAUUGUUAUUAUAGACUAGAACUGGGAUAGAUUUAUAACAGUAUUAGAUUCUACAUUGAAAAGGAGCUGCAAAAGGAAAUUUUCUUUUCCCAUUUGAUUUAGGUUGGCAGUUGGUAACAUUGCCUGAGAGUGGCUAGCAGGAGCCUGCCCAAUGAAAUACUAAUCCAUUGGAAAUUGAACUGGUUUAGAAAGGAACACUGACUAGUUAAGUAUUCUUGUAGAGGAAUCUGAUGAUGUUCUGUGCUGAUGGAAAGAAGUGAACCUGCAUUAGUUCCUGAAUGGUUGAGAAGUACUGGAAGUAUAACUGGUGGUGGAAGUUCAGGCCACCACUUUCAUUCGGAUAUAUCCUCAACCACUCGAAAUAGAUCUUCUAGGAGCAUAAAUGACAAGGAUAGCCCACGCUCUCAGUUCCUGGACCGAAGUUCAUCAUCAAAUUCUAGACGAAGUUUAAGCGGUAAUAGUUCUAAGCAUCCGUACAGUAGUUUCACUCGAAGCCAUCGUGAUAAAAACCAUGACAGAGAGAAGGAAAGGUCAGCUAAUUUGGAGCUGUGGGAAUCUAACUCAUCUGAUCCUUUUGGGAGCUUACUAACCAGUAGGGUUGAGAAGAAUAGUUUGAGGCGUUCUCAAUCACUUGUUUCCAGGAAACCUGGUGAGUUGGUGCCUCGAAGAACUGAAGACACAAAAAAUGGCAUGAACAACAUUCAGAAUAAUGCCAAUGGUGUGCUUUCUGGAGGCAGUAAUCUGAAUGGAGAUCAGAAGGUUUCCUUUGAAAAGGACUUUCCCUCUCUUGGAACUGAAGAGAAGCCAGUGGGCAGAGUUUCUUCUCCAGGGUUGACCUCUGCUAUUCAGAGUUUGCCAAUUGGCAAUACAGCUUUGCUUGGUGGUGAGAAAUGGACAUCGGCAUUGGCUGAAGUUCCUGCUAUAAUUGGCAGCAAUGGUGUGGGGAAUUCAUCUUCUCAGCAAACUGGUUCUGUAAUCCUUUCACCUGGAACUUCGGGUGCAAGUACUGGUCUUAACAUGGCUGAGGCUUUGUCACAAGGUCCAGCACGAGCUCGUGCCACGUCCCAGGUACCUGAUAAAACACAGAGGCUUGAGGAAUUGGCUGUGAAGCAGUCCAGACAAUUGAUACCUGUGACUCCCACAUUGCCUAAAGCCCUGGUAUCCAGUUCUUCUGAUAAACUGAAGCAACCAAAAUCAGCUGUUAGAGCAAGUGAGAUGGUUGUAGCUGCUAAAAGCACUCAACUACAACCUUAUUCAUCUCAACUUACUAGUCAGCCCCGUGGACGAGCUAGAUCUGACACUCCAAAUACAUCUCAUGUCGGGAAAUUUCUGGUUCUGAGGCCUGUUGCUACAUCUGUUCCAAAGGAUGCACCCAGUUUGACUAAUACUGCUGGUGGAAAAGUUGCAAAUGAGCCACCUUCAGUUUCUCCCCCGUCUCCUUUGACAAACUCAAGCACGCCAAAGAUGUCUGCACUUGAGGGAAAAGCUGCUGCCUUGACACUGAAUCCAAGACCUACUACUGAGAAGAAAUUAUCCAUGGCCCAAGCCCAAAGUAGGAGUGAUUUUUUUAAUCUCAUGAGAAAGAAGACUUCCACAAAAACCACUGUACUUCCAGUUUCUGGAGCAGUGUUAUCUCCUUCCAAUUUGGUGGAUGAUUCAAAUAAAGAAGGGGUUAGCAAUGCUCCACUAUGUUCUGUUGUUGAGGAUGGUCAGAUUACCAGCAAUGGUGACCCUCAUGGGACUCUUGACAAGGCUCAGCAGUGUUCUGAUGGAGGUGAGCUGUGUAUUAAUGGAAUGAUUGAUCCUGAUGAAGAAGCAGCCUUCUUACGUUCACUUGGCUGGGAUGAAAAUGCUGGGGAGGAUGAAGGCUUAACAGAGGAGGAGAUAAAUGCUUUUUAUCAGGAGUACAUGAAAUUGAAGCCGACAUUGAAAAUUUACAAAGGAGCCCAUGCACAUAUGCAGUCGGAGUUUUAUGGUAAAUCUGGAGCUGCAGCAACUGAGUCAAGUGCUUCUGAAUUGGAAGCUUAAUGUUCUGAUGAUGAUUUUCUUGGCGGAAUUUUGCUUCUUUUCCUCGUCUGUUUCCUUUGGAGGUACGUUGAAUUAUGUUCACAAGCAGAGGACAGCCUUUUGCUUUAUGUAGUCCGAAGACAAUAAAUUAUUGGCGCUAUGCUGUCCUACUGUGGCUUUAAAGGAACAACUUUUAAGGGGAUUGAGUUUAGUGUUUGAAAAUUAGUGUUAGGAGAUGUGUUAGUCUGCAGUGGUAGUGCUCUGGGCAAAUUGCUUUUCUUGGAAUUCUUUUUGGUGCUUUUCUUUUUUUUUUUAGUGAUCAAUUCAAAGGCGAAGAAGAAGGGGGUUUUAUAGUGUUCUUUUUUUUCCGCAAUUUUACAGGAAAAAUUGAAAAUCACAAAAGUCCAUUUUACAGUUCCAUCUUUUACUUCUCUCUGCUA